AUGUCCCUCUUUAAGACAGUCAUCCUCCCCCUCCGGGCCAUCCAAGGCGUCUUUGCUCUCCUAGUCCUUGCUCUCUCAUCAUACGUCGCCCACUGGUACAACACAACAACAGUAAUCUCCUCCCCCUCCUCUAUCAACUUCCUCUUCUUCGCCUCCCUCUACUCCCUCCUCUCCAUCCUCGCUCUCGAGUUUCUCAUCCCUCGCUUCGUCGCCCCCAAGACGGCCGCCAGUAACUACAUCGCUUUGGGGGUGGAACUGUCAAACGUGCUCUUUUGGUUCGCGGGGUUUGUCGGGCUGGCGGUUUUCCUGAGCAAACUGCUGUUUUGUCGGGGGAGCGUCUGCCAAAGUGCGCAGGCUGACGUUGCGUUUGCUGCGGCGGCGUGGCUGGUGUGGACUGGGUCGGGGGUGAUUAUGGUGAGGGAGGUGGUGAAGAAGGGGGGGUUGAUGAGUUGGAAGAGGAAGGAGCCGGCGGCGGUGGAGGUUCCUGUUACCAACAAGGAGGAGGCUUAA